CAAUGGUGCAGUUACAAAGGGAAUUUCUUCGGGAGAUUGCGGGUGUGAAAGUCUCGCCUGAUAAGUUGCUGUUUAAGGAGUUUAACCAGCGCCCCUUGCAUGUCUUCUGGCUGGAACUGUUUCUGAGGUUUUGGAAUGACCUGGUCAAGCAGAAGGACACGGUCUACCACCAGGCGUUGCGAGGUGAAAUUCGUUCGGCUCUCAGUACUGAGCAUUAUGAUGGCUGGGGUUCUAAGGUGUUGAAGAUUCUGAAAAUGUUAGGGACGGAUUUGACGGCCUUGGGGGGUGAGUUGGACUUGAAUGCGCGUGUGGAACGUAUUGCUGGCACGGAGCUAAAUGUGUCUGCUCUCACUAAAAAGUUUGCUGAUAGAAUGGAUGCGGAUUGGGAGGAUAGGAGUUUGGAAGAUGACCCGCGGCUUUUCAACCCAGUAGACCCCGUACCAGGGGUUGGAGUCAAGAUGUGCAGGUACAAAAAUUGGAUGGGUGACCCGGUUGACAGGGGGUACAUUACUCAGCGGCAGCAUGUGAACCUGAUGCGUUUUCGGCUGUGUGUGUGGGGCAUUGAAGCCAAUCGCCCUAGGGGUAGGCAACGAGUAGCGCGUGUCUGUCCUAUGUGUGCCGUGCAGGGGUCGCCGGGGAGAGUGGAAGAUGAGAAACACAUCCUCAUUGAAUGUCCCGCUUACGAUGAUUUGCGUGAUAAGAUAUGGGAAAGUGGUGUCUCACGGGAUGCUGAUAUGAUUGCUGUCAUGGGCAUGGAGAAUCAGGCAUUGCUUGCUAGCGUAAUCACUAGCAUGCGAAGUCGCAGGAUUGCGCAGACAGGGUUUAUCAUAUGAUUAGCGUUCUGUUUGUUUGUCUCUUUUGUUUUACUUUUCUUCUUUUGGUUGUUUUCGCGUUUUGUGCUCGCGAUCCAUGAGCCUUCUGGCUCGGACGGAUCUUACGAGCUAGGUACGAAGCUUGUAACACAUACAUACAUACACCCGUGUAGCCAUCAGACACUAAUUUUGGGUAACGUUAAAUACAUACUAAGAGAACAUCUUCUCACAUAGGCGCAAAUGGCGACGUCAGGGCCACAGUCGGCAUUCGUAUGGCAUGGCUUUCCAGAUGAGCUCGUCUCGCAUGUUCUAAGCUUCCUUCCAGCGAAUGAGAUAGCCUGCACAGCAAGGCUUGUAAGCCGGAAAUUCGCAGCUGCGUUCAGGACGCAUCGGGUUGUACAUCUCUCGCAGCCAUCGCCUUACCACGCUUUCGUCCAUCACUGGAGCCGAACGGAAUCGUAUCGCGGUCUUACAAGAGAACAGCGAGAGAAGCUUGUGAGCUGUACCGCGGGAGCCGGCGACAUUGCCAACCUCCAAGUCGCAUUGACAUCGACCGGGACCUCCGACAUCUUCUUCACUACACGCGCGGCUGCUAAAGCCGGCCACAUAGACGCAUGUCAGUUGCUCAUCAGGUGGUUCGGCGCUAUCGGCCUCAAUGUGAAGUAUCAAUGGAUUUUGGAGGCUGGGGCCGAGGGAGGGCGUCUUCACAUCUGCCAGUGGGCACAGCUGCAGGGCCAACAGCUGGGCUACGUCAAAGCUCUCGAGUACGCAGCGCUCAAUGGUCACCCGGAUGUUUGUGUGUGGGCCAUCCAGCAGCAGCCCACCCAUCCAUUCCACACGGAUGCCCUUGUGUUGGCUGCUGCGGGGGGCCAUGAAGUGCUGCUGUGGUAUCUGGCGAGCCACCUGGGGAUCACCGCAAGCAGGUCUAGCCGUCUGCUUGAAGAGGUGGCUCUGGGUUGCAGCUUGCCAGUUAUGCAGCUUUUCAUCGACAUCCUCGAACCGGACCUGGAAGAUACAAACCUGGCAGUCAUGGCCGCUGCGAGCCCCACGCCUGAUUGGCAGGCCAAAGUGGAAUGGCUUGUCACGGCUGGAGUGAAUCCUCGACCAUUUGGCUUCAUUGAUGUAGCACAUGUUGAUGAUGGCGGGGACCACACUCCGGAGCUCAUCUGCAACCAUGUCAGUAGCAUGGAGCGGAUUGAGUUCUUGGAGGACUGGGGCUUCCUCUUCGACGACGGAGCUGCAGGAGGGCUAGAGACAGCGGCCAAGCGGGGACACGUGGAGGUAUUCAAGAUCCUCUAUGCCUUCUUGGAAGAAAACGGCCUGGAUGAGGAGACGGAACUGGAAGAGGGCCCGCUGCACACCCUGGAAACUGCUGCACGUCAUGGACACCUGAACGUGGUGAAAUGGGCUGUGGAGACAGUGGAGCGGGAGGUGGCACAAGCAGGGCCUGAGGCAGCCACCGAAGAAGAGACUGUGGAGUAUCUGAGGCAACGUUUUGGAGAUGUCGAUCGUGGGCACAGGUUCCUUGGUCCAGAUCACAUGCAAGCCGCUUUGCACUCGGGGAACAUCGAGUUGCUGGUCUACCUGCGGGAGUGUGGCUGCCCUUGGGGCUCAUCCUGCUUUCUGGCAGCUGUGCGGGAUGGCAGCCCAGAAACAGUGGAGUGGCUGGCACAGCACGGCUGCCCCAUGGGGGGUGCGGGUGUUGCAUACCAGGAGGUACCAGAUUUGGUCAUGCUGCACUGCCUGCGCCGCCUGGGCUGCCCUUGGAGCCCCACACCUGGGGAGACCCUGUCAAAGGCAAUUGGGAGGCGGUGCUCCUUGCCGGUGCUGCGGGCCAUGGUAGAGGAGGGCUGCCCGGUGGACUGGGAGGCGACAGCCAAGGCAGUGGACGGGAUGGGCUGUGAGCCAGCAGUGAGGGCCUGGGUGGAGGAGCAGAGGCAGAGGGCUGUGGGGUAGUGAGGAGGGGGGCUGGUUGUGGGUUUUGGUGAGAGCUUGCAUGUAGAGGAGAUGUGAAUGGCAGGUCGUAUCAGUGGGAGCCUUUAUGAGUGCAUGUGACUGUGGGGCAGUACUUUUUACCAGUACGGUACUAAGUGGUUCUUUAACUAGUUAGGUCCAUCAUGCUAGUAGAUGAUGUUGCAGCUGACCACGAGGUUGUGAAAGUUGUCUAGGUUAGGUUGAAGCAUGCAUGUAUCACUUCAUGCGGGACUCCUGUGCUAGGGUUGUGAGCUGGGAACCCAGUAGGGGUGUUCAGGACAUGCAGGGCACCCAUCUGAACACCUGUAGCAAGGCUACCGUAUAAGAGGUCCUAGAGGGACCUUUGUUACAACAGCAGUGGGAGCAGAGUGUGCUGAGAGUGUAGCUGCUGCAAGCAAAUAAGCAAGUGCAUGGAGGAGCA